AUGUGGGACGUCACAUCUUUGCUUUGCCAGGGGAGCCAGAGGAAAUUGCCCUCCCCGGGAUUUCAGGUUGAGUUUGUGUUGGUAGAUUCUAAUGGCAUUGUUACUACAACACCCAACAUUGAAACUGCUGCCAAGAAAACAGAUGAAAGCUCGGGCACUCCUCCUGCAACAGUUGAUGAGGGUGCAUCCAGACCAACCCAAAACAAAGACCUGAAAGGUCAUGAUAAAGAUGCCGUUUUUUCUGAUAGUGAGGUGGAGGAAACCGGUUCUUCAAAGAGCAGGCAAGCAGAAGUAGCUUCUGCAGCAGGAGGAACUGUCAUCAAUACCACCUCCAGUUCUGAGACUAGGACAGAUUCAGAUCAAAUUGCAAGUUUAUCUCGUGAGACUGAACAUAUAUCUCUGGGAAACACUGGCUCAACACAGAUGCAUGUUGAUACUGAGCCUAAAAGUGAUGUUGGUGAUGGAGCUGUAUCAGCCCUUGAGGUGCCCAACACAAAAAGUGAAUUCAAGGCAAUGGCAGCUGAUGCUUCUGUUUUUACCUUUGGAGAUGAUGAGGACUUCGAAAGUGAAUAA